AUGGACGGCGAGUACUGCCAAGUGCACGUCGAUCUGAGCAAGGGAUCCCGAAGCGUUCAGAUCUUUUCCAAAAGCGGCAAGGAUAGCACACAAGACCGAGUAGGCAUUCACAAGUCGGACCCGUACGAGCAUCUGAUGAUAGUCUACUUUGAUGUGUUGCUCAUCGAUAACGAGUCUCUGCUGGGAACCCGUCAAUCAGACAGAUUCAACCGACUCAGAGACCUAAUUAUGUGUCGCACCGGACAUGCUGAGUUGGUCCACAGACAGGUGAUUGAUCUUAGCCUACAUCAAGGUGCUUCAGAUCUCCGACGAGCUUUCGCAGAAUCCAUUACUCAUCGGGAGGAGGGCCUGGUACUGAAGCCAGAUGAUCCAUACUUUGACUUCAGCAAGGAUAAGCGGUCGCUUGCCGGUUGUCCGAUCAAGUUGAAGAAGGAGUAUAUCGGAAACUUUGGCGACGUGGGAGACUUUGCCGUGAUCGGGGCUCGAUACGACCCUGUGAAGGCAAAAGAGUAUAAUAUUCCAGGCCUGAAGUGGACACACUUUUACUACGGUUGUCUCAUCAACAAGGGGGACGUUCAACGGCACCAAACCAAGCCUAAAUUCAUGGUGAUUGAUACCGUUGAGGUAAAUACCACAAUGAUGAAGACUAUUCUCAUCCAUGGUAACACGCUCGAGAUUCCCUUCCUCGAGAAUGUCUGCUUGGAAUUGCAGAUCCCUCCUCGAAUGACUAGCGACAAACGCCCAACGGUCGUUUUCCGAGAGCCCCUUGUCUUUGACAUACGAUGCUUCUCUUUUGACAAACCUGGGAACACGGGAUUCUGGAUACCCCGUUUCCCACAAGUUUCGAAAGUGCACUUCGACCGAACGUUCAUGAACACCAUGACUUUCAUUGAGCUGCAGGUUGCUGCAGAGGAGGCUAGGAAUAUACCCAUCAUGGAGGAUAGCCAGGAGCUGCUCCAUUGGAUUAGCCUACUGGAGGACGCCGAUCCUCGAGGUGUUGCAGUCGACGCCUUGACUCAGUCGACGGCAUCAUCUUUGUUAACAACUUCCCCCAGACGACAGUCUAGAACAUCUCAACUCUCGAACAUUGCGUCUCCUGAUGAUACCCCUACAAAGCUUCACCGUGCCCCAAAGAUUGCGCUCUUCACAAUUUCGGCUUCAUCAGAACUGGCGGAACCCGACCAUCCCAACACGCAGCCAUGCUCCACUCAAGAGUUGAGUCUACGGCAUCAAAUCCAGGAAGCCGAGGGCCUCAAGAGAGGCAGCACUGAGGAUUGUGUGAAUCGAGCAGAAAACAAGCGACCGAAGUGCAACACAUUGUCAGCCCCUGCAUUUUCUGGACACUUGCAUUGGUCAAGGACUCGUGCGGAAUCAUCUCAACGCAAUUCGUUAACACGACAACCACUCUCUAACGUUUGCAACAAUGUGUCGCCAGUUAGUCUCACACCAUCUCAGUCAUUUUCCCUCGACAGCACGACCAAACAGAAGCGAUCUGCUAGGAGCAGCUACACCGCACCAUUGUCAUUCCCCGUCAUGACUAGCAGGGAGAUUGCUUCAUCUCGGACCCUUGUGUCUUCAACUUCAUCGAUGAGGGCGGCGCGUCUACAACCCUUCCGCCACAGAUGGUUUAUGUCAGAUCGUAGGCCACCGUUGCAAGAUGAGGAAUCGUGA